AUAAAACUGUGUUAAUGAAGAUUAACACCAAUCAUUCGCUUCUUUUGGUACAAACAAAUUCGUUGAGAAGAAACAAAUAUGAUUCUCAUUCCCAUAACCGGACUUCUUACAUUGACUGUUGCCGUUUCUGGCAACUUCUUUGGAUCAUCUUUCCCAGGAAUGUCAAAUUUCGGCUCUGUCCCAUCAUUCCAAUCUCCAUUUGGUUCCAAUGAUCCAUUCGGCUUUCAACCUUCCUUUUCAGGUUUCAAUUCCUUUCCAUCACCUUCCUUCCAAUCUCUAAAUAUUCCAGAUGAUUUCAGUUCAUCCGAAAAUUCUGGUAACAAAGUUACUCAGACCAUUAAGGUUGAAAAAUCUGGCCCAGAAGGUGAAAAGAUUACUGAAACAAUCGAGACUCUUGGUGGACCCAAUGGAGGUUCAACCGUCAAAAUCAAUCGACAAUCUUCAUCAUCAGUCAAUAGUGGAUCAAACGAGUCAACUGAAUCAAAUCCAAUUAAAUUAGUUCACGUUCACAGUUCAUCUGGAUCAAAUAGGCCUUCAGCUUCAACCCAAGGGAUAGCCGUAGGUGAACCAUAUGGAUCAUCAAGUGUAGAUCAUGAUUCAAACAACGAUGGAAAUAACAAUCAAUUUGAGGAUUUAACCAGUUCAUAUGAUAAUGGUGGAAACGUUGCUAAAGCUUCAAGAUUCAAUAACUUUGGUUUUUACCCAACUUCAGCUGGACUCUCUUCCAUUGCAUCAGCAGCUUCCAAUUCAAACUUUGCCUCAUCAACAUCAACCCGAACCAACCCAGAUGGAAGUACCGUCACUGAAACUGUUACCUACGAUUCAAAAAAUCCCGGUAAAGUCAGUCGAGUCACCAAACGAGUUGAUCGUAAUGGUAAAGUUACCAUAACCCGUUCUUAAUUAACUCCAAUCUAACCAAUUCUAAUAAACUCUUCUUAAACACAUAA